CCUUGAUUGUCUUUUCUUCUUCUCGUCCACUCUUCGUUCCCUCCUCUAGCUUUCACAUAUCAGUUGCUUCCUCCCCCUUCUCAAUCAUAGUCAGGGCCAGUCAGUUACUUGUCCGUCAUCUUUUACCCUUACCCAGCGGAAACAAGACCAUCCAUCAUGUCUCCCUCUGCCGUAUCGUCGACUCCUUCUCCGGGAGUGCAGGCCUCUGAACUCACGGCCUCUGCUGUUGCCCAGAAGAUUGGGGCCAGCGCAAAUCUCCAGCCCUUGGACGCUUCGAAAUUGAUCUUUACCAAGACUCAAACUCCAAUGGCCGUACCAGAACCAGGGGACCCAAUCAUUGCUACUUCUUCUCAAUGUACCGACCAUAUGAUCACUGCGGUAUGGGACUCGACAGUGGGCUGGCACGCCCCUAAACUACAACCAUAUGGGAACCUGUCUCUGCCUCCCACCGCGUCUGUCUUGCACUAUGCUACUGAAUGCUUUGAGGGUAUGAAGAUGUACCGUGGGUACGAUGGAAAGCUGAGAUUAUUCAGGCCGGACGCCAACUGUAAACGCAUGCUCGUUUCUGCCACCCGUAUUUCGUUGCCAGCUUUCGAUCCGAGCGAGCUGGAGAAGCUAAUCAAGGCCAUGAUUGCUAUUGAUGGGCCGAAGUGGCUUCCCAAAUCUCGACCAGGCACUUCCUUGUAUCUUCGCCCCACGAUGAUCGGCUCCGCAGGCGCAUUGGGUGUAUCUACACCAAAGGAGGCAACGUUGUUCGUGAUAUCAACUUUCAUGCCGAAUUUGAGCAAGCCUAAGGGCUUGAGACUAUUAGCGUCUCAGAAUGGUAUAAGAGCUUGGCCUGGUGGGUUUGGGUACGCAAAGGUCGGAGCCAACUAUGGUCCUUCACUCAUGGCUAACGGAGAGGCAAUUUCUCGAGGCUACGAUCAAGUGUUGUGGUUGUUGAAUGGCAUGGUCACGGAGGCUGGCGCAUCGAAUUUCUUCGUAGUAUGGAGAACGAGGGAGGGGGUGAUUCAAUUAGUAACGGCUCCUUUGGAAGACAAAAUCAUCCUUGAUGGCGUUACAAGACGAAGCAUCUUGCAAUUGGCACGCGAAAGACUCACGAUCGAGGUUGUUGAGCGAGCGUAUACCAUGGACGAAAUUGUGGAUGCUAUUAAAGAAAAGCGCAUGAUAGAGGCAUUUGCUGCCGGUACAGCUUACUUUGUCUGCCCCGUCUCUGCCAUUAAUUACAGAGACCAAGAUUGGCAAAUUCCCAUGAAUCAAGGCGACAGCGGCGACUAUGCAGCUCUGAUCAAGAGCUGGUUGAUGAAUAUUAUGUAUGGGAGGGACGAGCAUGAAUGGGGAGUUGUGGUCGAGGAAAAUGAGGAGUUAUAAAUCACGUGUCUCUGGGAACUUGGGUAAUUACCUUAUGAUGCUCCGUGGCUGUCAUGCCAUGGCGUUCUGGAUUAGAUCUAGAGGAUGACGGCGUUUGUUCAAUAUGUUCUGGCAGAAUUCCGGCUAAAUCAAAGCUCUAAUAGAACCGAAAUACCUUUCGAAUCGAA